AUGCAGCGAGGUCAGUUGAAGGACCUCUCGUCCUGGAUGGCUCGACUAUUACCAGAGCCGUUUGACAAGACAGAUACAUUAAAGAUGUUCAGUUCUAAAUCAUCAACAUCCACUAGCACAUUUUACACUGAAUUGGAAGACGAGGAAGAAGCUACUGACAACAAUGAAGAUAGUUUAAAGGCGCAAGAACAAGUACAACAAUUAAAUAAGAGUAAUCACAAUAACUUGAGGGAUUCACAAUCAUUGGAGCGACAAAGUGCAACAAGUGAUGAUGGAAAUUCGCAAGAUUCUGACUCAGUUAUGGGUUCAGAUGAGCACCAGCAGCAACAGCAGUUACAACAUAAACAAUCAUUUACCAGUCAUUCAUUUCCGCGAAUUAGUUUUAGUGGGUUUCCAAGGUUUCAAUCGUUUAUUAUGUCUACUUCAGGCUCAGAAUCUACAGACAGUAUUACUACCCAAGAAACAUCUUCUAUCGUUCAAAUGACCCACAGUGUUUUGGAGUACAGGUCUAGCAGGUAUGUGACAACAAAGAGAAGCUCAAAUCAGUAUACAAUUGACUCAUAUCCAGUAAGUGAAUCAGAAAGUGAAGAAGAGUCUGAAACACGUUCAUCUGAAACAGAGUUUACAAUAGCUACAGACGAACCCGAAGAAAAUAAUAUACCGUCCGAAAAAAUAAUAACUACUUCUAAAGAUACAAAUGACGUAAAACGUAAACGAGCUAAAAAAGUAGCCGAUGAAUUAUUAGCUACAGAAAAAACAUAUGUUAAUAUAUUACAUUUAAUAGAUCAAGUAUUUCAAUUUAGAGUCGAUCAAGAGAAUCGCGCUCAUCCAAUGUUUCCUCCUGAUACUGUACAACAAAUAUUUUCAAAUAUCAAAUCUAUUUAUAAAUUUCAUAAUGAUUUUUUAUUGCCACAAUUAGAAGAUAGAAUGAAAAUAUGGGACGAAGACUCGCGUAUCGGUGAUAUUAUGAAAAAUUUUGCACCAUUUUUAAAAAUGUACACUGAGUAUGUUAAGAAUUUUGACCACGCUAUGAAUUUAAUUCAUACGUUACAACAAAAAGUACCGAGAUUCGCUGCUAUUGUUAACGAAAUACAAAAACUUGAUGUCUGUGCCAAACUAUCACUCACCCACCAUAUGCUUUGUCCAAUACAAAGGCUACCUAGGUAUGAAUUAUUGCUAAAGGAUUAUUUAAAAAAUCUCACCGAGGAUAAUCCCGAUUUUUUAGAUACAAAAAAGGCAUUAGAACUAGUUUCAACAGCAGCGAAUCAUAGUAAUGAAGAAAUGAAAAAAAUAGCUAAAUUUAAAAAAUUAUUAGAAAUACAAGAAAAUAUAUAUGAUCCCUUGGAUCUAGUCAGUGCAACGAGAGAAUUAAUUAAGGAAGGUCGUAUUGUUAAAAUUUCAGCGAGAAGUGGAGAUCAUCAAGAUAGACACUUAUUUUUAUUCAGUGAUAUAUUACUUCUAUGUUCUAUAAGACUGAUACCUGGACCCUUGUAUCGACUGAGAGCAAAAUUUUUGAUAGAAAAUUUAGACGUUAUUGAAGGCGACAACUUAGAAACAGCUAAUACAUUUUACCUAAGAGAUUCCAAUAAGAGUGUUGAAUUAUAUACACAUUCAGCGGGUGAAAAAGCAGCUUGGCUUGACGCUUUAUUCCAAACAAUGCAAGAAAUAAUGAGGCGAAAAGCCAGUCUAAAAAUAGGCAACGAAAAAACUUCUCUUGUUAAAGCUGACGACGUGACAAGAUGUAUGGUUUGUGAAGCUAUUUUUUCAGUUAUGAAAAGAAAACAUAAUUGUCGCGCUUGUGGUAUCGUAGUAUGUAGUAAAUGUUCAAAUCAAAAAUUGUUAUUCGAAGAUAAUAAAAAUAUGCGAGUAUGUAGACUAUGUCACGCUGCACUUACUCAGCCGUUGAGUAAAUCUCCAUCGUCACCCCCAGGACCAGUACCAAGUCUUCUUCAUGUGUCAGCCAAUGCUCCAUGUGUUUUAUCUGGUUAUUUAUUAUUAAAAACACAAGCCAGCAAGCCCUGGACGCGGAGAUGGUUUGCAUUGCACUCAGAUUUUGUUCUUUAUACAUUUAAAUCCGAUUCUGAAAGUCUCGCGUUAACUGCGACGCCAAUGCCUGGUUAUACAUUAACAGAGGGUAAUGAAUUGCCAGACUAUGACCCGCUUAGUCAACGGGAUAGAAAAGGAUCCUUUAAAAUUUAUCAUUCCAGAAAAUGUUAUUAUCUUCAAGCUUCAAGUUUUGAAGAUAAAGAAAGGUGGACGCAUGCCUUAAGUUUAGCAACCAAGGCAGAGUUACCUCAUCCAGUGACUGAAGAAGACAAAGAUACCGAACAAAGUCAAUAA